UCUAUGACCGAAGAGAUAGAUUACGAGUCGCUGCCUCCCAAUGCUGGCCUCGCGGUGAAUAUGUUGGCUGGUGCCUUGGCUGGAGUAUCUGAGCAUGCGGUUAUGUUCCCAGUCGAUAGCAUCAAGACACGUAUGCAAGUCUUCGCCACAUCACCAGUUGCCGUAUACUCUGGUGUCGGCAAUGCCUUUUCACGAAUAUCCUCUACCGAAGGCAUGAGAGCGCUCUGGCGUGGGGUGUCUUCCGUCAUUUUGGGUGCAGGCCCUGCCCAUGCCGUACAUUUUGGUACAUUGGAGGCCGUCAAAGAGCUGGCAGGAGGAAAUGAGGCCGGAAACCAGUGGGUUGCACACUCUCUCGCCGGUGCGUCGGCCACAAUCGCGAGUGACGCUCUGAUGAAUCCUUUCGAUGUUAUAAAACAGAGAAUGCAAGUACACAAAUCUGAAUUCCAGUCGGUCUUCACAUGUGCGCGUGUUGUCUUCCGGAAUGAAGGACUGGGCGCCUUUUACGUGUCUUACCCGACGACAUUGGCCAUAUCAAUACCCUUCAAUGCAAUACAGUUUACAGUAUACGAACAGGUAAAGCGCUUCAUCAAUCCGCGACGCGAGUACUCUCCGACAACCCACAUAACCGCCGGUGCUAUCGCGGGUGCAGUGGCAGCGGGUGUGACGACGCCUCUGGAUGUGGCAAAAACAAUAUUACAAACGCGGGGAACAGCACAGGAUGCAGAUAUCCGCAACGUCAAGGGAAUGCUUGAUGCCUUCCGAAUAAUAUGGCAGAGGGAUGGUGUUCGAGGUUUUGGGCGGGGGUUGACACCUCGAAUAUUGACCAUCAUGCCAAGCACGGCUCUGUGCUGGCUGUCGUACGAGUUUUUCAAGGCUGCCAUUCGUUCUGAUUAGAGACGCUUGAUUAAUGCUUAUAUGGAUAAAAAGUACAUGGAAUCUAAUAUACAGCGGUGUGAUUUGCGACGAUUG